AGCACACCGAUCUGCCUUUUUACAGCUAGACCUGUGUAUUGCAAGGAGCUAAGGCCUUCAGUGUCCCCUUCCUUACCCAGGUUACUCACAAAAUGGAUUCUCAGCGGGAACUCACAGAGGAACUGCGGCUUUACCAAUCCACCCUUCUUCAGGACGGUCUAAAAGAUCUCCUGGAAGAAAAAAAAUUCAUCGAUUGCACCCUAAAAGCAGGUGACAAAAGUCUUCCUUGCCACAGGUUGAUUUUGUCAGCUUGUAGUCCUUAUUUCCGUGAGUAUUUUUUAUCUGAAAUUGAUGAGGGGAAAAAAAAGGAAGUAGUGUUAGAUAAUGUGGAUCCUGCUGUGCUGGAUUUGAUCAUCAAGUACCUGUACUCUGCAAGUAUCGACCUCAACGAUGGAAACGUGCAGGAUAUUUUUGCCCUGGCCAGCCGCUUUCAGAUCCCUUCGGUGUUCACUGUCUGUGUUUCUUAUCUUCAGAAGAGACUUGCUCCUGGUAACUGUCUAGCAAUCUUAAGGUUAGGACUUCUUCUCGACUGCCCAAGACUCGCCAUCUCUGCCCGUGAAUUUGUGUCUGAUCGCUUUGUACAGAUUUGCAAGGAAGAGGACUUUAUGCAGCUAUCUCCACAGGAACUGAUCUCAGUAAUUUCAAAUGACAGCCUAAAUGUAGAAAAGGAAGAAGCAGUGUUUGAGGCAGUGAUGAAAUGGGUGCGAACGGACAAAGAAAACAGGGUUAAGAACCUUAGUGAAGUGUUUGAUUGUAUUCGUUUUCGCCUUAUGACAGAAAAAUAUUUUAAAGAUCAUGUUGAGAAAGAUGAUAUAAUUAAAAGCAACCCAGAACUCCAGAAAAAAAUCAAAGUUCUAAAAGAUGCCUUCGCAGGCAAACUCCCCGAACCUAGCAAAAAUGCAGAGAAGGCUGGGGCUGGUGAGGUGAAUGGUGAUGUUGGUGAUGAAGACUUACUUCCUGGUUACCUGAAUGACAUUCCCAGGCAUGGGAUGUUUGUCAAAGACCUCAUCCUCUUGGUUAAUGACACAGCUGCAGUGGCUUAUGAUCCCACAGAAAAUGAGUGCUACCUUACUGCACUGGCUGAGCAGAUUCCCAGAAAUCAUUCUAGCAUUGUUACCCAACAAAAUCAGGUGUAUGUGGUAGGAGGACUAUAUGUGGAUGAAGAAAAUAAAGAUCAGCCUCUACAGUCUUACUUCUUCCAGCUUGAUAACAUAACAUCUGAGUGGGUUGGACUUCCACCUCUGCCUUCAGCCAGGUGUCUCUUUGGUCUGGGAGAGGUAGAUGACAAAAUCUAUGUAGUGGCAGGCAAGGACCUUCAAACAGAGGCUUCGCUGGAUUCAGUAUUAUGCUAUGAUCCCGUGGCUGCAAAGUGGAAUGAAGUUAAAAAACUGCCUAUCAAAGUCUAUGGCCACAGUGUGAUUUCACAUAAGGGGAUGAUAUAUUGUCUAGGAGGAAAGACAGAUGACAAAAAGUGUACAAACAGGGUGUUUAUCUACAACCCCAAAAAAGGAGACUGGAAGGAUCUGGCUCCAAUGAAAAUCCCUCGUUCCAUGUUCGGAGUGGCAGUGCAUAAAGGCAAAAUUGUGAUUGCGGGAGGUGUCACUGAAGAUGGUCUUUCAGCUUCAGUGGAAGCUUUUGACCUCACAACCAAUAAGUGGGAAGUAAUGACUGAAUUUCCCCAAGAAAGAAGCUCCAUCAGUUUGGUCGGCCUGGCUGGAUCCCUAUAUGCCAUCGGUGGUUUUGCCAUGAUUCAACUGGAGUCCAAAGAGUUUGCCCCCACUGAAGUCAAUGACAUAUGGAAGUAUGAAGAUGAUAAAAAAGAAUGGGCCGGAAUGUUGAAGGAAAUACGUUAUGCUUCAGGAGCUAGUUGCCUAGCAACACGUUUAAACCUCUUCAAACUGUCUAAACUAUAAAUGGGGAGGUGGAAAAAAAAACAAUGGAAUGGGAUGUGUUUUGUUUGGAAAUAGGGCUUUAAUUUAUUCUGUUUUUCAAAAGCCUACGCAGAGAUUCAUGUAGAAAUUAUUCACUAAAUUACUGUCCAUGAGGUUAGCAGUGAGCAUCAUAACCUCAAGUCAUUGAAAUCCUAGGUGUAAUGAUCAUUGUUUAAAACCAUUUUCUAGUAAGAAAUUAAAUAUUAAGUUGAAUGGAUUAUUUCUUUUGUUACUCUGUCUCAAUCAGCUGUAAAGAUUUCUAAAUUUGUUUACGAAUUCUUUCACUUACAUUGUUACGGUAACUUUACACUCAUUUUCUAUUAUAUAUUAAAUUGGAAUGAAAUAGGUACACCUACAAUUUUUUAAUGUCUAAAGUAUCAAAUAUCACUUUCCCUUGUGCUUCAAGAUAUGACAAGAAUCCUAUGCAUUAUGUUAAAGAUUACAUAGCAUAAGAAAACUCUGGAAAUACCUUUUAAGAAGUGUAAUAAAUGGGUCUCAUUUGAAGGGAAAAAAUCUCUAAGUAGU